CGUUACAUAAAAUUAAUCUGUCAGUUGAAAAUUUUUGAGAGUCAAGAUGGCUCCGGUGGAACCGGUUACUGUUGAAGAAAAAGUUGACGAAUCCCAAACAGCGCCCAUCCUGAAACCAACGGUUGGAAUUAUUUAUCCACCACCUGAAGUUCGAAACAUUGUUGAUAAAACGGCACUUUUUGUGGCCAGGAAUGGACCUGAGUUUGAGGCUAGGAUUCGACAAAAUGAGCUGAAUAACACCAAGUUCAAUUUCUUAAACACCAAUGAUCCUUACCACAGUUAUUACAAGCACAAGGUCAAGGAAGUCAUGGAAGGAAAAGGCCAGGAGCCAGCAGCAUCCAACAUUAAAAGUGGCUUAGGAUUUAUGCCACAGAAGCCAAUAUCUGAAACUCAGCAGAAGAUAAUUGAGACGAUUAUCCCUAAAGAACCUCCACCCGAGUUUGAGUUUAUAGCUGAAGCUCCCACCAUAUCAGCCUUUGAUUUGGAUGUGGUCAGAUUGACAGCACAGUUCGUUGCUCGCAACGGCCGACAGUUUCUAACGAACCUGAUGAACAGGGAGCAGCGAAACUUCCAAUUCGACUUCCUCAGACCCCAGCACAGUCUCUUCAAUUACUUCACAAAACUUGUCGAACAAUACACUAAGGUUCUUCUGCCACCAAAAGAUUUGGUCAUGAAACUAAAGAAAGAGACUGAGAACCCUAAAUAUAUAUUGCAACAAGUGAACUACAGAGUCGAGUGGAUGAAAUUUCAGGAGCGAGAGAAGAAAAGAGAGGAGGAUGAAAGGGAGAAAGAAAGAAUUGCCUAUGCUCAAAUUGACUGGCACGACUUCGUCGUCGUUGAGACAGUUGACUACCAGCCGCACGAAACUGGCAACCUUCCACCACCCACGAAUCCCGAUGAGGUUGGGGCCAGGAUUAUUGCUCAGGAGAGAUAUGAAAAACAUGAUGGGAUGUGGGAAGAUGAAGAGGAAGUGGGUGUUAAUGAAGAUGGCGAUGAAGAUCGCGACUACACUGGUGAAGUCGAAGAGGACCACGAGGGUGACGAAGAUGGAGAAACUGCUCCAGCAUCCAAACAGCAACAACAGCAGGAGACAGUUGAUAUGAAUGGAGGCACAAAAGAGGGCAGUGAAGUGAGAGGGAGUCAUGAAAAUGAUGCUUCACUAAUUAGAGGAGCUGACACUAGUGUUCAGGACAUGGAGGAAGAUUCAGAUGACGAGGAGGACAAGCAACAACAGCAGUCCAAUCGUCAGAUGCCCCAACAUCCACCAUCCCCAACGAUGCCACCCAUCUCACAACCACCACCGCUUCCACCAUCUCUCAAAGGUCCUCCUCCACCACCAAACUUCAAUCAACCUCCCCCUCCACCCAUGGCCACCCAGACCCACUACCCGGCCUUCAGUCAGGACAAGAUCAUCAUCAGGAAAGAUUAUGACCCUAAAGCACCAAAGCCAGCAGACCCGAGCUUGCAGGCAGACAAGUACCUGAUAUCCCCGAUCACCGGCGAGAGGAUCCUGGCCGACAAGAUCCAGGAACAUAUGAGGAUUGGUUUACUGGACCCAAAAUGGAAGGAGCAGACGGAGAAGAUGAUCCAGGAGAGGAGGGAACAGGAAGAAGUGUAUGCUCCUGGAUCGAGCAUCGGCAGCAACUUGAGACAGCUGGCGGAAAGGAGAACUGAUAUCUUUGGAUCGGGAGCUGAGGAAACUCAAAUCGGAAAGAAAAUUGGUGAAGAGGAGAAGAAAGAGAAAGCCAAAGUGAUCUGGGAUGGCCACAGCACAUCCAUGGAGAAGGUCACACAGAAGGCCAGAGAGAACAUCACCAUCGAAGAUCAGAUUGCUGUCAUACAUAAGAACAAAGGACUUGUUUCUGACGAUGAUAAGGAAAAAAUCGGACCAGCCAUGCCAAAACCACAGCAACAAUAUCAGCUGCAACAACAACAAAUUCAGCAGCAAAUUCAACAACAGCAACAAAUUCAACAGCAAAUUCAACAGCAGCAACAAUCGUUGAUGAGGCCAGCAACAACGACGGCCGCUCCCGUUAUGCCUCCUCAACAACAACAACAACAGCCACCACAACAGCCUCCACAACAGCAACAACCACCACAACAGCAACCACCGCAACAACCACGUCCGCCAAUGAUGCUGCCCACUCAGUCGAUGAUCCGACCUCCAAUCGUGCCCCAGAUGCCCGGGAUCAGACCUGCCCUCGGUCUCAUGGCUGGCAUGAUGCUUAUGGGGCAAGCUGCUCAGAAUGCCGUCGCUGCCGGAGUAAUGCCAAUGGCUCACCCUCCAUUCCUCCAGCCUGGCAACCUUCUGCCAGCCCUGGCUAACCAACUCAUGCAACCGUUACAACAGCAGCAGCAACAGUUGCAGCAGCAAAAACCAAAACAUCCAACUGGCGAUGAUCUCGAGGCAGACGAACCAGCGGCUAAAAAGUCAAAGACUGAAGAUCAACUGAUGUCUGAACAGGAAUUCCUGGCCAAGAAUAAUGGUCCAGUUGAGUUCACAGUUCAGAUGCCAUUGAUUGACAGAUCAGAGUGGAAGUUGAAUGGACAGUCCUUCACAGUUACACUCCCUCUCACUGAUACUGUGUCCGUGAUAAAGGCGAAGAUCAUGGAAGAAGUUGGCAUGCCAGCAGGCAAGCAGAAGCUGCAGAUGGAUGGCAUGUUCAUGAAGGACUCCAAUACACUGGCCUACUACAAUUUCAGCGCCAGUACUGUCGUGCAUCUGCAACUGAAGGAAAGAGGAGGCAGGAAGAAGUGAUGCAAGAGGGCGUCGGGCAUCUUUAUUCAGACAGACAUCAUUCAUACACGUUUUCAUUGGAUGUUGUUUUUGUAAUGGACGUUUUGAUUGGUCAUCAUUUUGGUCACAUCGUCUUGAUUGGCUUUAUUUGAGAGCUUUUGGUUGUUUCAUAAGAAGAUUUGUUUUUCAAGAGGUUUAUUGGAUGCUUAUUGAAAGAUUUUAUUGGCUGGUUUGAAAACUUUGAUUAACUGCUACUUAUCCGAAAUUUAAGUUCAAUGUGUUCUAGUUGUUGAAAAGAAUUUGUUGAUGAUGUUCAUAACGAUAAUGAUGAUGUCUAGUCUAAGCAGAUGAUGAUGAUGAUGUGAACUCUGGCUUUAAGUUUGUAUCAGAUUCAAAUUCAUACAUUCUUGGACUAUGAUUAAUUAUUUAAUUAAUUAUUAUUAUUAUUGAGUGAUUUCUGGCUUCAAAAUUGUCGCAAGAAUUCGUUCUAAUUUAUAAAUUUUCUAAAUAAUUGAUGGUUACCUUUUGUUAUAAGUUGUUUUAUUUACAACUCCAUCUCCUCGUUACAAUAUUGGAAAUAAACGAAUGAAAAAUAAAUAAACGUUUGACAAAAAGCU